UUGCAAGCGAUAAAAAAAUAUAUUGCCGCUCAAUAUAAAGUCGACGCUGAAAAACUAGCUCCGUUCAUCAGAAAGUACCUGAAGAGCGCAGUCGAAUCGGGUGCGCUUAUACAGACAAAGGGCAAGGGGGCUUCCGGUUCCUUUAAGCUUGAAUCAAAAUCGUCCGCCUCUAAGAAACCGUCGACGGGUAAGAGCAGCGGUGGCGCAAAGAGCGGCGCGUCCGCCGCUAGCUCGGUGUCGGCGAAGGUGAAGAAGAGCACCGCCGCGGGUAAGGGUAAAAAGGCAGCAUCGGCAGCGACCGCAUCAUCACCGUCUAAGGCAAAACCGUCUGCAGCUACCAAGGACAAGAAGGCGGCCGCCGCGAAAAAGAAGCCGGCAGCCGCAAGAAAAUCCGCAACCGCUGGCCAAAGCGGCGUUUCUAAGGCGAAAGGCGCCGCUUCGAAGGCGAAAAAGAGCGCCAAACCACCGACAAAGAAACCUAAGGCUCCAAAACCGAAGAAGGCGGCAACACCCAAAUCGAAGCCUUCCGCGGCGGCAUCGAAGAAGGCAGCCGCUUCUAAAAAGUAA